AGUGAAAUCGACUCUUGGCGGCUCCACACGACAUAAUUUGUCUUCAGGACAGAGGAGAAUCAGGAGGGUUCUGCUCAGAGAACGCUUUCCAGUUUGGAAAUUAUUCUUCGUCCUACAAUGGCAGCGAUUGGAAAUCGAGGUACUGUGACUGAGGCGUCUGGUUUCAAUGCAGAAGCAGAUGCCCAGAAGCUUAGAGAUGCAAUGAAAGGAGCUGGUACUAAUGAGGCGGCUAUCAUCGAGGUCCUAGCACAUCGUACUAUUGCCCAGCGGCAGCGCAUCAAAGAGGCUUUCAAACAGUCAGUGGGGAAGGACCUCGCUGAUGAGCUGUCCUCGGAGCUGAGUGGAAACUUCAGGAGCGUCGUUCUUGGUCUCCUGAUGCUGGCGCCAGUUUAUGAUGCCUAUGAGUUGAGACACGCAAUGAAGGGUGCUGGAACAGAAGAGGCUUGUCUCAUUGAUAUUCUUGCUUCAAGGACAAAUGCUGAAAUGCAAACCAUCAAUAUGGUGUACAAGAAAGAAUAUGGGAAGUCCCUGGAAGACGCAGUGUGUGGAGACACAUCUGGAAUGUUUCAGAGAGUUUUGGUCUCUUUACUCUCGGCCGGGCGCGAUGAAAGUGACAAAGUUGAUGAAGCACAGGCUGUGAAAGAUGCUAAAGAAAUCUAUGAAGCUGGUGAGGCUCGGUGGGGCACAGAUGAAGUUAAAUUCCUCACCGUGCUCUGUGUGAGGAACCAAAAACAUCUGCUCCGAGUGUUUGAGGAGUAUAAGAAGAUUUCUGGACGAGACAUUGAGGACAGCAUUAAGAGGGAGAUGUCUGGAUGUCUGGAGGAGGUCUUCCUGGCCAUCGUGAAAUGCCUGAGGAACAAGCCAGCGUUCUUUGCUGAGCGUCUCUACAAAUCAAUGAAGGGGCUGGGCACCACAGACAGUGUCCUCAUCAGGUUAAUGGUCUCCAGGGCUGAGAUUGACAUGUUGGACAUCAAGGCUCAGUUCCUGAAGAUGUAUGGCAAGACUCUGCACUCCUUCAUCAAGGGCGAUACGUCUGGGGAUUAUCGCAAAAUCCUGCUGGAGCUGUGUGGAGGCGAAAAUUAAGAACACCAUAACAUAGUCCAGCUUUAUUUUACAAACCACAUGUGUUCUAUUUUUCACAUUUCUCCUUAUGUGGCCUUUGUAUUUCACUUACUACGUUUUAUGUGACUGUUUGUGAUACACAUUAAAACCAAAGACCAGUGACCUUUAA